UUUUCUUCUUGAUUCAUCAACUAACUUUUCCUUCAUCUUCACUCUCUCUUUUAUGUUGUUUCUCAUUGCAACUAGGAUAGAGAAGAGCACUUUGCCUGAUGGCUACUAUGGGCAAUUCAACUAACAUCUUCUGGCAUGAAUGUCCUGUCUCCAAGGUUGAUAGGCAAAAGCUGCUCAAUCAACAGGGCUGCAUUGUAUGGAUCACUGGUCUAAGUGGAUCAGGGAAAAGCACGCUAGCAUGCUCACUGGGUAGACAAUUGCACUGCCGGGGAAAACUCUCGUAUGUCCUCGAUGGUGACAACCUUAGGCAUGGUCUAAACAAGAAUCUAGGUUUUACACCAGAAGAUCGGACUGAAAAUAUACGCAGGGUUGGGGAAGUUGCCAAGCUCUUUGCUGAUGCUGGGUUAAUUUGCAUUGCUAGUUUGAUAUCUCCAUAUCGUAAAGACCGUGAUUCUUGUCGUGCAUUAUUGCCAGAAAAGUUUAUUGAGGUUUUCUUAAACAUGCCUCUAGAGUUGUGUGAAGGAAGGGAUCCCAAAGGCCUUUACAAACUUGCACGAGCUGGGAAGAUCAAAGGAUUUACAGGAAUAGAUGAUCCUUAUGAAACUCCUUUGAACUGUGAGAUUGAGAUACGACAAGAAGAUGGAAAUUGCCCUACACCUAAUGAGAUGGCUGGGCAGGUGGUCUCAUACUUGGAAGACAAAGGAUAUCUGGAAGCUUAGUAAUCAAAGCACUUAUACCCACCGCCGAAGUUUUUCUAUCAAUCAAUGGUUAUUUAGAUUAGAAGAUAAUUGUGAUAUAGCAUGGCGCUAGAAGUAUUCACUGUUGAGGCAGUGGAUUUGAGGAAUAUAGGAGGUCUAGAGCAGACUUUUGUGGCUCUGUCACUGACAUAUCUGAUUUCUCAAGGGCCCUUUAAGUUUGUGCUCUGCAAUAAUAUCUUCUUAUAACUCAAUGCGUCAAAAAUUUGUAUACUGAUAUAUAAAGAUGUUUCUGUGA